AUGGAGAUGGACGAGAUCCAGGGGCAGAAGGGCCCGACCGUUGACCACGUUGAUAACCGAGGAGACCUAGAGAGCCCAAGCACGGACAGCUACCAGCGGGCCGGGCAGCAAGUUCAGCUGGCGCCAGAUGCCCCAGAGCCGAAAGUCUCGUUAUCAACGUUGCUGGCUGUCUUUUUUAUGGGCCUGUCAUAUGUCCCCGCCAUCAGUGCUGGUCUCCUACUUCCCACUGGUAUCCUGCAACAAAUAGGACAGCAACUGGGCGACACAGAUAAUAUUAUAUGGAUUCCCGGUGGCUGGUCCGUCGCUUCCGCCGUGGCCUUCUCCAUUGCAGGUGGCCUCAGUGAUGUAUUUGGUCGCCGCUGGGUGCUCAUGUCUGGACAACUCUUCACUCUGAUCGGUGGUAUUAUUGCUGCGGUUGCAAACUCGACUCUUCAGGUCGCUGCAGGAACGACUAUUAUCGGAUUCGGCGCAGGCACCAUCUUCGUCGGAUAUCCCGGAAUUUCAGAGCUGCUCCCCAAUAAGUACCGAGGUAUCGGUCUCGGAUGGACAGAGUUCUGCAUCAACAUCCCUUGGGGUUGCCUCAGCGUGUACCUCGCUACCCAGCUCCUGAUCAAGGCGACAUGGAGGUGGUGCUUCUACAUCGCCAUCAUAUACGCUGUGAUCUGCAUCGCCGGCACUUUUGUUUGCUACUUCCCGCCUUCCCGCCCGCAGCAUGAUUUCGAGAAAUCCCGUUGGGAAGAGUUCAAGGAACUUGACUUCAUCGGCCUUGCCCUCUUCACCGCCGGUCUCUGCAUCUUCCUCGUCGGGAUGACGGAUCUGGGACAUACUAGCUACUCUAUCCCACUUGUUGCCUCGACAAUCUCCAUCGGAGCUGUCAUCUUUGUGGGCAGCUUCUGGUACGACUUCACCAAGCCGAAGAACCCGAUCUUCCCCUUCAAGCUCUUCGCCAUGUUCCGGGAGUUCACGGUGCACCUGAUCAUCCUGUUUAUCUCUGGCAUGGUCUGGCAGGCUAUCGUCACACUCGCGCCGCAGAUCACUUUGUACGCCUUUACGAAUGAUCCUGUCGAGAUUGGUGUCAUCAUGAUUCCCUCCACGAUGUCCGGUGUUCUGGGAGGCUGGAUCAUUCCGUCCCUUGUCCACAAGAUCAAGCACGUUCGGCAUCAGAUCAUCUUUGCCCUUUUAAUGCAGUGUGCUUUCACCGGCGCCUAUGCCGCAGUUGUCCCAUCGAACAAGAUGGCGUGGAGUGCGAUGCAGCUGUUUGGACAGUCCUGUUUCACCUGGGUAACAACCCUCGCGUACGUCGCUUCCGGCCUAUUCGUUCCAGUAGAGGAGCUCGGUGUCAGCGCCGGUCUCCUAGGAACCUUCCGCUCAGCAGGCGGCUCUGUCGGCAACGCCAUCUUCAGCACGAUCAUGACCUCGGUCGCCAACAAGAACCUGGGUCCCAACCUCGCCGGGGCCGCGAUCGGCGCGGGCUUUGACCCAGCGAAUCUGAGCGCUCUGAUCCCGGCCGUCAUCCAAAAUGCCGUCGGCGUCCCCUUCGCGUUCGACGGCGUCCCCGGCGCCACGCCCGCCGUCAUUGCCGCCACGGGCGCCGCGUUCAAGGAGACGUACUCGAACGCCUUCAGGAUGGUCUGCUACGCUACUAUCCCGUUCUGCCUGGUUGCCACUGCUGUAGCGUUCUGGGUUAAGGACCCCUCGCACCUGUUGAACAACCACGUUGCUGUUCAGCAGGAGAAGGAGGUGCUCUCUGGGGUUGAGCGUCGUCCAGAAGCUGUGGUUGGGAAGGCGGUCGAUGAUAGCUACAGGAUGUAA